UCGGUUAGGAGGUUGGGGGGUCACCUGCCACUGGCAGUGCCAGAAAAGUGGAUAAAUUAAGUUACACAACUAAGAUUAGCUAACGAACGUUAGUUUAUACCGUUACGUUGAUUAGGAGUUAGCUACACAGUUAGCUAUGAUCACCAACAAGCUAGACAUCCUCUAAUAACGACGAGGUGAAUUUCUCAUGAUCAGUUAGCUAGUUACUAUAUUCAGUUUGAAUCAUCGCCCAGGAAGCACAGUGAAGGACCAAUCAGCGUGUGGAGAGGGCGGGACAAGAGCCAAAAUAUUUAGCUCCGCGAGCGACCUGCUGCGGCGGUGAAGAGAACCAGCGAGGCGACGCACGACACAGGACAGUAAUUUCUACAUUACCUACCUGACACUGCUCGCUCUCAAGAUUCCCAUGUUGAUUAUCGGCCUCCUGCCUCUCCUCCUGUUGCCGGGCCCUGGUUGCCGUGCGGCUGACAUUCCGGAGGACACCACGGCAGAGUUCUCUGUCAGACUGUACCACCAGCUGCAGGCGCGCGGGGGGGACGACAACAUAAUCUUCUCCCCCCUCAGUGUUGCUGUGGCCCUGGGCAUGGUGGAGCUGGGGGCCCGCGGGGCCUCCCUCACACAGAUACGCCAGGCUGUCGGCUUCAGCCACCUACCGACAGAUGAGGAGUUCUCUCUGCUCCAGAACCUGACAGGGGCUCUGUCUGAAGACGACGCCCACUACAUCAUCCGAUUGGCCAACUCCCUCUUCCUGCAGAGCGGCGUGACCUUUAACCCGGAGUUCCUGCGGCUGAUGAGGAAGUACUUCGGGGCGGAGGUGGAGACGGUGGACUUCAGCGAAUCAGCCGCCGUGGCAGAGCAGAUCAAUGGAUGGGUGGAGAACCACACUGAGAGUAAGAUCCGUGACCUGCUGUCAGCUGAUGACUUCAGCAGUGUGACCCAGCUGACCCUGGUCAACGCGGUGUACUUCCGGGGCAGCUGGAAGAACCAGUUCAGACCGGAAAACACCAGAACCUUCUCCUUCAGCAAAGACGACGGGAGUGAGGCCCAGACACACAUGAUGUACCAGCAGGGAGACUUCUACUAUGGUGAGUUCAGUGAUGGUUCAUCUGAGGCAGGUGGUGUGUACCAGGUGUUGGAGAUGCCCUAUGAAGGAGAGGACAUGAGCAUGCUGGUGGUGUUACCCAGACAGGAAGUCCCCCUGGCAGUCCUGGAGCCAAUCAUCAGAGCCCCUCUCUUGGAGGAGUGGGCCAACAACGUCAAGAGGCAGAAGGUGGAGGUCUACCUUCCCAGGUUUAAGGUUGAGCAGAAGGUAGAUCUGAAGGAGACUCUGCAGGAUCUGGGCAUCAAGAACAUCUUCACUAGAGAUGCUGACCUGUCCGCCAUGACAGACGGUAAGGACCUGUUCAUUGGGAAGGCAGUGCAGAAGGCCUACCUGGAGGUGACAGAGGAGGGGGCGGAGGGAGCUGCAGGAUCAGGAAUGAUAGCCCUCACCAGGACUCUGGUUCUGUACCCUCAGGUCAUGGCUGAUCACCCCUUCUUCUUCAUCAUCAGAAACCGCAGGACAGGUUCUAUCCUGUUCAUGGGCAGGGUUAUGACGCCAGAGGUCAUCGACCCUACUGACUUCGACAACGACUCCAUGUAACUAUGAAGACGGCCAAUGGGAUUCCAGUGUGCUGCUAUCCUGCUAUGCGGUCAUAUGCUCAGAACCAAUCAGAUACAGGCAAAACGAGGCCACAACCUUUCCUCUCCCCAUCGUUGGCUGUGUUUUUAUACUCUUAUCGAGAAUAUAUAUUAUUCCUAUUCUAUAUAUUAUAUAUACAUAUAAUGUGACUGUGUUUUGAUACUGUAAGCUUUAACCACAAGAGAGAGGGAGAGAGAUGUAAAUACACAACAUGAAUAAAAGUAUGAGGACACCUGCUCAUCGAACAUCUCAUUCCAAACUCAUGGGCAUUAAUAUGGAGUUGGUCCCCCCUUUGCUGCUAUAACAGCCUCCACUCCUCUGGGAAGGCUUUCCACUAGAUGUUGGAACAUUGCUGAGGGGACUUGCUUCCAUUCAGCCACAAGAGCAUUCGUGAGGUUGGGCACUGAUGUUGGGCGAUUAGGCCUGGCUCGUAGUCGACUUUACAAUUCACCCCAAAGGUGUUCGAUGGGGUUGAGGUCAGGGUUCUGUGCAGGCCAGUCAAGUUCUCCCACGCCGAUCUCGACAAACCAUUUCCGUAUCGCUUUGUGCACGGGGGCCUGGUCAUGCUUAAACAGGAAAGGGCCUUCCCCAAACUGUUGCCACAAAGUUGGAAGCACAGAAUUGUCUAGAAUGUCAUUGUAUGCUGUAGCUUUAAAAUGUCCCUUCACUGGAACUAAGGAGCCUAGCCUGAACCGUGAAAAACAGCACCAGACCAUUAUUCCUCCUCUCCACCAAACUUUACAGUUGGCACUAUGCAUUGGGGCAGGUAGUGGUCUCCUGGCAUCUGCCAAACCCAGAUUCGUCCAUCGGAUUGCUAGAUGGUUAAGCGUGAUUCAUCACUCCAGAGAACGUGUUUUCACUGCUACAGAGUCCAAUGGCGGCGAGCUUUACACCACUCCAGCCGAUGCUUAGCAUUCCGCAUGGUGAUCUUAGGCCUGUGUGCGGCUGCUCGGCCAUGGAAACUCAUUUCAUGAAGCUCCCGACAAACAGUUAUUUUGCUGACGUUGCUUCCAGAGGCAGUUUGGAACUCGGUAGUGUUGCAACCGAGGACAGAAGUUGUACACGCUACGUGCUUCAGCACUCAGCAGUCCCGUUCUGUGAGCUUGUGUGGCCUACCACUUUGUGGCUGAGCCGUUGUUACUCCUAGACGUUUCCACUUCACAAUAACCGCACUUAGUUGACCGGGGCAGCUCUAGCAGGACAAACAUUUGAGGAACUGAAUUGUUGGAAAGGUGCACAUUGAAAGUCACUGAACUCUUCAGUACGGGUCAUUCUACUGCCAAUGUUUGUCUAUGGAGAUUGCAUGGCUGUGUGCUCGAUUUUGUUACGCUUGUCAGCAACGAGUGUGGUUGAAAUAGCCAAAUUCACUAAUUUGAAUGGGUGUCCACAUACUAUUGAAAAUAUUAAAGAAAAGUAAUGUUUUCUAUUAUCUAUUGGAUCAGUAGAAAUAAAUUAUAUAUCCAUGCACUGCUCCUUUAAAUUCACUAGCCUCACACACACACACACACACACACUGUCGUUUUAAGGUGUGUCUCCCAAACCACCACCAUCAUCAUAUCCUUGUACAUUAACUGCUGUCUUAGAUACCAGACUAGAUAUUUACAACAACAACAACAACAACAACAACGUGUGCAGAUAAUUGAUGUAUUUAAUCACACAGAAUCUUAGUAAUUCUAUCUUGGUUCCUCUUUUUUUUUUAUGCUAAAAGUACUUGGUUACAAUCCUGAUGAACUAAUAUGCCUUAUGAGUUGUUGAUUUUAGUGGAGGUGUUUUUUAGCAGGUAGGUGAACAGGUUGCUAAGAGGUGUGUGCAGUUGGAGACGGCGAUGAAACAGGGAGAAAUUAUAAACACCAGCUGUAUUUACUCUUUUACUUGAAAAUUAAACAUCAUCGUGUUCCAGUUACAA